AUGAUGGGCUCGGUGCUGCCCGCCGAGGCCCUGGUCCUCAAGCCCGGGCUGAAGCCGCAGGGGCUCUCGCUGGCCGAGGUGAUCACCUCCGACAUCCUGCACAGCUUCCUCUACGGCCGCUGGAGAAACGUCCUGGGCGAGCAGCUCUUCGAGGAGAAGAGCAGCCCCAAGACAGCCUUCACGGCCGAAGUGCUGGCUCAGUCCUUCUCCGGAGAGGUGCAGAAGCUCUCCAGCCUGGUGCUGCCGUCGGAAGUGAUCAUCGCCCAGAGCUCCAUCCCCGGGGAAGGGCUCGGCAUCUUCUCCAAGACUUGGAUCAAGGCUGGCACCGAGAUGGGGCCGUUCACGGGCAGGGUCAUCUCCCCCGAACAUGUGGACCUGUGCAAGAACAACAACCUCAUGUGGGAGGUCUUCAACGAGGACGGCACAGUGCGGUACUUCAUCGACGCCAGCCAGGAGGAUCACCGCAGCUGGAUGACCUACAUUAAAUGUGCACGGAACGAGCAGGAGCAGAACCUCGAGGUGGUCCAGAUCGGGAACAGCAUCUUCUACAAGGCCAUUGAGAUGAUUCCUCCAGACCAAGAGCUGCUGGUCUGGUAUGGGAACUCCCACAACACCUUCCUGGGCAUCCCAGGUGUGCCAGGGCUGGAAGAGGAGCAGAAGAAGAACAAACAUGAGGAUUUCCACGCAGUGGAGACGGGGGCCAGCACGACGGGGCGUAUGCGCUGCGUCAUCUGCCACCGCGGCUUCAACUCCCGCAGCAACCUGCGCUCCCACAUGCGCAUCCACACCCUGGACAAGCCCUUCGUGUGCCGCUUCUGCAACCGCCGCUUCAGCCAGUCCUCCACCCUCCGCAACCACGUCCGCUUGCACACGGGCGAGCGGCCCUACAAGUGCCAGGUUUGCCAAAGUGCCUAUUCCCAGCUCGCAGGGCUGCGGGCCCACCAGAAAAGCGCCCGCCACCGGCCCCCCAACGCCUCCCUGCAGGCCCACUCGCCCGCCCUGCCCGUGCCCCACCCUGCCUCCCUGGCCCAUCACAUCCCCACCAUGGUGCUGUGA